AUCUGAAAGUGUUCUCAAGCAUCUCAACACUCAACUCACACUCUGUUUAUAAUAAUGGCUGCAAGUUUUGAAGACAUCACCAACUUUGACUGGAACAACCUCUCUGAGCAGCGUCUCAAACAAGAAACCGAAUCUGAAUGGUUUGAUAAGUUGAUCAACACAGAAACCGCAGCUUCUUCUGUGUCAACCACCACAGCCACUUCACCAUUGGAGUUCUCCUCUUUGUUUGACAUUGAAGAGGAUGUUAGUGGGAAGAGCAUGUUUUCGUCAACAGCAACAUCAUUGGACAACACACCAGUGAUCAAGGCGGAGGACAUGGUGCUCCCAGUCCCACAGCUAGACAUGCUUGAGGAUAAUGCUAGCUUUACAAGAAACAACUCCAUAUCCUCGAUGUGUUCACUUGGUUCCGAAGAAGAACAAUCAACGAAUUCAACUACGGUGGCAAGUGCCACGGAAACAACAGCUACAAAGGCAUCCAAGCCAAAGAAGAAAAGAGCCCCAAGAAAGAGACUCACAGCUCAUCAGAAGCAGGCACAUAACAAAAUUGAAAAGCGUUACAGAAUCAACAUCAAUGCUAAGAUUGCCGGGUUGCAACAGAUUAUUCCAUGUCUCCGUACUGAAAAGACAGCCUUCGAGAUUGGCGACGGCCAGAAGCCAGACGAAACCGUUGAUGUACCGCGUUUGAAUAAGAGUAUGAUUUUGGAAAAGGCUACUGGUUAUAUCCUUCAGUUACAGGAGAACGAAAAGAAGAUGCAAGAAGAAUUGAUCCAAUUGAGAAGUGAGAUCUUGAAGCUUGGAGGCACAGUCCCAAGUAUGUGAAGGGUACGUGGUUAUUGGUGUGUGUAUGUGUGUUUUUUUCGUUGACGAAGUGCUCACCUUUUUCUUCCAUCUUUGGUAUUAUGGUUUGUUGUUUCAAUUCAAUUUUGGGUGUGAAUAGCCCCUUUGUUAUGUGUUCACGG